AUGUUUGGGUGGCCUUUCAAUGCGUGCACUGUCUCCGCAGCCGUGGAUGACAAGGAUGAGCUUCCAGAUCCGACGCCGAUGCCCACGCGGACGGUGUCGCGCAGCGUGCCCGACACCGAGAUGAGCAGAGCUCUUAAAAUGAUGCAGCACAACUAUGAUUUCUUGGGAUUGACAGGGCAUGGCCUUUACAGUGUUGUAGAGGACUGUGAGAAUGCCAUUUGCGACGGUGAUGAAAGUAGAGCUCGUGAUAUCCUUGAACGACUUGAGCAUGAAGUGGAGCUUGAGAUAACUACGCUGACAGCGGCCUUCAAUCUGUUCAAGAAGCCCAAGGAAGAUAGCUUGUCGGAGACGGAGGUGAGGACAAUGCUGGACUACUUGGGUUUUCCCAAGGAAGACGAGGAUGUUGAGAAGAUCAUGAGUGCAGUGGACACGGAUGGGGACCGCCGCAUGGGGAUUGAGGAGUUUCGGCUCUACGUGGGACGGAUGGGCGGCAGCUUGCGGCUCUUCGAGGUCAGACGAAAGCAGAUGGAAGCCAAACACGGGCAUUCGGGAGAAGCAGUAGAUCCUGCGACCGUGCGGAUGAGCCUCCUCGAGGCUGGGAUAAGGAACGAUGCACAGGCAUAUUGGCGCUUGGUUGUGCCACCAUCAGAGUUCACUGAAGCAUCAAAGUUGGUGAAUUGUCAAAAGAAAGCUGUUGCGCACAUCCGAGCCUUGGCGAAGCGAAAUCAUGAAAAUGCUUUGCCGAAGCUGCAGCAGCGCAUUGCUCGACUGGGAUUCCAAGACACUGACCUUUGGAUGACGCUCGCCUGGGUCCGCGAGAUGGCCCCCAUCAUUGUACAUUUGGAUCUCACCAAAAUGCUACAAUUCCUGGAGAAAGACACCCACUAUCGAAAUCAGUUUGAAACUGCAACGUCUGGAGGCCUCCUGAAACCAAGUACUCGGGAGAAGUGGGAGAAGGACCUUUUUGGCGGCUGCUAUGAUCGUGCCCAGGGCUUUGACCGCUGCAAGUAUGGCGUCCUGAACGCGAUGAAUGACCACCGUGGAGUUGUGAAGUGUGCACAGUACGGAGACAGUUACCUAGUACUGAGAGAUGUGCGGUUGAGGUGCACGUUCUCUCCCGAAGACUCUGCAAACCUGAAAGCAGAACGAUUGGCUGUGCUAGACUUCUAUGGCCAUGUGUUGUCGGAAUACAGUGACGAUGAGCUCCGCGAGACGAUGCAGGUGGCAAAAUCCUCAGAUGCAGCGUUGCUGGGAGAUUCAGCCAAAGUGGGAUCAAUGAAGUACAAGGAGACACAGAUCCACGGAGAACUCUGCUUUGCCAAGCACGUCGAACGGCUAGUAGCACACCCUCGCCACCGCAAAGAGCCUGACCAAGCGAGGGUGGAAGCAGUAGCAAAGAAGUUUGGUUGGAAGUUCUCCUGGAUUGACGAGGAACGGAGGCGCAUGGAGCGAGAAGAACGGGCAAAGCUGGGUGCGACUGCGUGGGAAGAGCGCCUGCAGGCGCUCAUGGAGAAAGGAACUCCUGAUAUUCCUGGUAUUCCUCCCGGCUUUUGCAAGCAGGGAUGUGGGCGCAAGGUUGCGCCUGGAACGACUAAGAGUGGGAAGCCAUUUGUCACCUGCUGCCGCGGAUGUGUCAUGGGCUUUGGCCAUGACAUGCAUUGUGGUAACAUUGAUCCGGAGAAGUUGGGCCCUGAGAAGUGCAAGUAUGGCUGUGGACGGCCAGUCAACCCCGGCAGACAUCCGUCUGGCCGUCCCUAUGAUACAUGCUGCCGGGACUGCAGCUCCGGUAGCCAUGAUCCGAUGUGCGGCAAAGAGGUUGACUCAAAGGACGAACCCGUGAAGCCGGGCUUUUGCAAGAUGAGGUUGCAGGGGCUGUGCCUGUGGCACUGGGCACAGCAAGGUCUGUCGUCCUCCAAAGGAGUGACCCGCAACAGGACGGUGAAGCUGAUUGAUUUUGGACUGGCCACUCGCUUCUAUGGAUACCUCCCCCAGGACCAGUACAUCGAGAUUGCAGGCACAUCUCACUACAUGGCGCCGGAAAUGAUGAUCAGUGGCAAGUACAGUCCGGCUGUUGACAUGUGGUCUCUCGGUGUUCUUCUCUACGUGUGCUUAACUGGGCUCAUGCUGCUGCCGAAGGACGACGACCGGAAAAAGCAUUUGCUUGGCAAGAAGGCAUACGUCGAGAAAAAGCUGGAAAAAUGCACACAGCUGCAAAAGCGGGCUUGCUCUGCACAGGCAAGGGACCUUUUGAGGAUGAUGCUAAAAUACGACCCAGCUGAACGCAUUUCUGCGUCAGAAGCUUUGUCUCAUCCAUUCAUAUUGAAACAUUGCCACGAAUACCUUGGCGGUGCAGUGGCAGCCACCACGCAAUUGGAUGAGACCGUCAUUGACAAGCUGAGGAGUUUUGCGAAGGCACCGAGGUUGAAGAAGGUGGCCCAGCUGUUCAUGGCACAUUUGGCAGAGCAUGAUGCUGAACUACUGGCGGCGCGCCACAACUUUCGGACGCUGGAUCAAAGCGGCGAUGGUGAGAUCACGCGUGAAGAGCUUGAGGCGGGUCUUCUGGCUGCCGGCAUAGACCCACCCACAGACAUGGCAGAGAUAUUUGAUGGCUGCUGCGCGCACCCAGCGGGCAAGCUCCACUUCGUAGAGUUCUUGGCCUGCACCAUGCCUGAGAGCCUCAUAGAUGAAAGGUUAUGUCAUGAGGCCUUCAGCCUCCUUGACCCGGAGUCCAAAGGUCGAUUGGCUGCCGAAGACCUGCAAGCAGUUUGCCGCUUUGAUUGGGAGAGGUGCCGGAAAAUGGUCCAACAAGCCAAAUCUGUGGAUGAACUUGAGCCGCAAUUUUCCAAUCACCAGCCUUCGGCCAUAAUGGCUUGA